AUGUUACGGAUGAAGAGGAUAUCGAUGAAGAUAACUAAAAAGACAAUAGAGUUACUACAAGAUGUUCCAGGUGAGGUUGAGAUUUUUGUGGAAUCUUAUUUAGCCCCAGACGACGGUGAAUUUGACAACGAAGAUGAUAUACCAUUGUCUGAGCUUAGAAAGUCAAUUGCUCCACCGUUAUGGACAAAGUCAAUUACGUCAACAGAUGGAAUAAAUCCAACAACAAAUUAUUUGGCUAGAAUCCAAAGCUGCGCUUCUGAUUUGGUUGGUCUCAACGAAGUUCAAGUCUUAGUCUUUGAAAAACUGUUUGAUGUCGAGGUAAGGCAACUUAGCGUAAAUCAAACAAUGUUGUAUGCAGACCAACAAAAUAAAGACAGCUUUUCGUUCAAUGAUGAAGACUUAAAAUUUUGUAUUGGAAUCCUUCUAUUUUCGGGCUAUCACUCUGAAGCAAGAGAAUUCAUGUACUGGAAACAAGCAGCUGAUACACAUGUACCUAUUAUUGCAAACAGAAUGUCCAGGAACAGAUUUCAAGAAAUAAAACGAUUCAUUCAUUUUGCUGAUAAUAAUACCCUUGACAUGAACGAUACAAUGGCAAAACUCCGUCCGCUCAGUAAACUUUUGUGCCAAAAGUUUCAAAAGUGGGGAUAUAUGUAUGACCAUUUAUCAAUAGACGAAUCAAUGGUGACGUAUUUCGGUCGACAUUCUUCUAAGCAAUUUAAAAGAGGAAAGCCAGUAAGAUUUGGUUUCAAAAAUUGGAUGCUUUGCAGCAAAGGUGGCUACAUGUUUGAAUUCGAUACAUAUUGCGGAGCUUAA